AUUCGACGAAUGGAACAUUUCUGGCUGUGGGCUGAGAAUACCAUGCUACCUGGCGUAUUUGGACAUAAAUCAGACAGCGGAACCAUCUAUAGACAAAACGAGACGAGCAUUGACAACAGCGUUGCUUCCUACUUUGCAAGCCCAGUAGUUCUUCGUCAACUAAGAGUGCAAAAAGAUGUUUGCGACACCCUUCCCAUGUCUGCAUUCACCGUCUCGUGCAACGUGCCUUAUGGAGACCACUACAACGACGUCGGGAGCUAUGACGUCAGAUGGCAACCAUUGAACGCAACGAUGAAAUAUGAUGAGCACACUCCCUGGACUUAUAAAAGCAUCACGAAGUCAACAUGGGAUAUACCCUUUCUCGGGGCUACGGGAAUCGCAUAUUCCGGAGGGGGCUACCUGGCCUUCCUCGGGAGCUCUUACAUCGAAGGCAAAUCGAUGCUUGAACAUUUGAAGUCAAACAAGUGGUUAGAUCUUAGGAGUAGAGCUAUUUUCAUUGAGUUUGCUAAUCGCAACCCUGUACAUAAUUUGUUAAGCCAUGUGGUGUAUCUACUGGAGUUCCACGCUUCAAACAAGAUGUAUGCAACAGCUGAUAUACGGACAAUGUAUAUCCUUGACGUUGAGCAACUGGAUGUCAGUGCAGUACUUCUUAUACUAUUUGGUAUAAUACACGUGCUACUUACGAUGUACCUGAUAUGUGACAAUGUCAAGAAAAUAUACACCCAGCGAAAACAGUUCGCGCAUGAUUUUUGGAAUUUGUGGAAUUUGAGUCUGAUUUUGAUAUCUAUUAUCUGUAUUGGAAUCUUCUUUACGAGAUUUUCAAAUAAGUCGACGGCAUUGAAGGAACUGCGGAAUAAAUCUGGAAUUUUUCAGAAGGUCCAUAAUCUCUUCUUUUGGGAUGAGCUCUUCGUAUUAUUUCUGGGUAUAUUAUCAUUCAUGACUAUCAUCACGUUUGUUCGAUUGUUGAACAUCAGCCGUAGAGUCAGCUAUUUCACGAAAACGUUGAGUUUGGCCUGGCUCGAUCUUAGAAGCUUCGUGGUCAUCUUCGCUAUCUUCUUCUUCACGUUCGUUCAACUCUUCUAUCUGAUGCUCGGCACGUCGUUGGAAGGCUAUGGCAGUUUCACGGCAACUAUGGCUACUCUAGCACUCUCUCUGCUGCAGAAGUUCAACAAAGACGUCAGUUUGAAUGACAACAGUUCGAAAGAGAGGCUCUGCUUGGUUGCAUUCGUUGUUGUACAAGUGUGGAUUUUUAUCCUGAUUUUAGUGUCAAUCAUAAACACGUCCUUUGCCACUGUCCGGCAGCAAGAUAUACGAAGUGUCGAGACUGAUGCGUUUGAUUUGAUGGUAGAGAGGUUAAAGAGAUGGUUUAAUGAUAUGUUUUCAAAUAUUGCACAGUCAGGGGACUCCGAAAUACAAGGGUCAACGGAAGAAAGGGCAAGCGACUCAAAAAGUGGCCGCACUGAACGAGUAGUGGAGGCUAUGCUCAAUGGCCUGGAAAAGAAAGUGGAUAGAGUGUGCGUCUUAGCGCAAAGAAUCAACUGA